AAGGAACUCCGAUCUGUGUGCAAGCUAUUCGGCGCGAAGGUUCGCUCGAAGAACGGCAGCACGGACAACAAGAUGGGCUACGUGACUAUUUUGGUGCAGUUAGCACGCUCGCGCCGUGAGAGCGAGGAGGCCACGCGCGACCAGCGCAGCAAGUUGCUGCAAGGGUCCGAAGGGCAACUGUCCACGUCACUCGCAAGUACGCGCAAGAUCAGGCACUGCAGCUUUCGGCUGCUGAAUGUCCUCUUCAGCGAGAGGCUCUGUGACAGACUCGGCCAAAUGGACGACCGGUUUUCCGGUAUUGACCCUGGGCACAUGGUCCCCCACGACGGCCCAAAGCUCAAUCAAAUAUGGAAGGACACGUCGGCCAAGUAUUCUGCAGCCCAUGCGCGGGCUACCCAAUCGGGUUUGCAUGAGUCUGAGUUUUAUGACUUUUGUAUGGGACAGCUGGACGCGCUUUACGUGAGUGCGUGGUUGCAGGUGAGGCCGCAGGCUUUCAGCGCUGCUGUGGGCAGCAUGCCCAAGUACUGUCAGGUGGACACGCUGGAG